AUGAAUGAUAAUUACAUACACUCUGAUAGUCGGUUGAUAUAUGUAAAUGAAAAUAUACCGGGACCAGCUGAAGAUACUGAAGAAUAUUUAGAAUUAAUCAACAACUUUAAUUCACAACUUGUUUGUAAAUGUGAAUGUAGAGGACAUUGUGUAGAUGCAGGAUGUUUAUGUAUUAAUAGUUCCAGGGGAAGAAAUUACACUUUUUCCAUUGAUCAUAACCUGCGAACUUACAAACUUAAUUGUAACAACAAUAAUAUAAAUCAAAAACCUGUAUUUGAAUGCAAUGAUGUUUGUUUGUGUAUAAGUCACUGUGGAAACCGGUUAGUCCAAAAAGGACCUUGUGAUGGCUUAAGUGUUAAGAGUUGUGAAUUGGAAGAGAAAGGUUUUGGUCUAUUUACAAAGUAUUUAAUUGCUAAAGGUUCAUUUGUAUGUGAGUAUGCAGGAGAACUUAUAACAAAAUCACAAGCAUUCCAAAGACACAGAUUAAAUGUGGCUAACAAAAAAAUAAAUUAUAUUUUUUGUUUAAAUGAACAUUCUAAUGAUGAAAUAACACAGACUUUUGUUGAUCCUUCUAGUUUUGGUAAUAUUGGUCGUUACAUUAAUCACAGUUGUGAUCCAAAUUGUUACAUAGUACCAGUAAGAAUCAAUUCACCAAUUCCAAAGCUUGCUAUCUUUAGUCUUUGUGAUAUUUUACCCGAUCAAGAAAUAACUAUUGAUUAUGGGUCCAAUAAUUGUAGUUAUUCACAACAGGAAAUUAAUGAUGUUGAUUGUAAAAGAAAAAAAUGUUUAUGUAACACAAACAAAUGCAAGGGAAUGUUACCAUAUGAAUCUUUCUGA